AGAUUGAUCCGUUGUAAAAAUGAGUAACAGUAUGGAAGGAGACACAUCAGAAGAUGAUGAAAAAGAACCAGAAAAUUUAACCAGCAAAAGACAGGUGAAACAGAAAGGACUUACUAACAAAAUUAAGAGGGCAAAGACAGUUGAGCCAUCAAGCCUAGAUGAUGAAGAACCGGAAAAUUUAACCAGCAAGAGAAAGGUGAAACAGAAAGGACCUACUAACAAAAUUAAGAGGACAAAGAUAAUUGAGCAAUCAAGCCCAGAAAUCUCUGAUGAUGAAUACCGUAGGCUGUUGCAGGAUAUAUCAGAAUGGUUUGAUGGAAAUAGGUGUAUCAGUAUGCUGAAAGUAUUGUACAGAGAUUAUGUGACUAAUGCUAAUGAACUGCGUAAUGCUACUAAAAUGCGUGACUUGCUGAACAACUUCCAUAUCUCUGGGAAUCUGAGUCCAACUGAUCUUAGUAUUCUGUAUGACACCAUAAAU